AUGCGCAAGUACAAGGCGGACAGCGGCGGCAGCGCGAAAUUCAACAGCCCCUCACCCUCUUCCUCGACUGCGAAGCUACCGAAGAGCACCAUUCAGGCUUCAGAGAAAGGUCACGAGUUCACAGGAGCUUCGUACCAGCACGCACGGAGUGCCAUUAAGCAGCUGAUUGCUGACCACGGGUUCGACCGCUUUCUCCUGUGCCUGCAACAACUGCUGCACAAGCACGUCGUCAUUCCCAUGCGAGAAGUAGAGGAAAAGGGCGGAAUUGAAGUUCUUCGACGCAUCGGUGCCGACGUCGCCGUCUCCCCUUACCUAAGCACGAGGGAAUUCCUGCACGCCGUAGAAACCUCAUUGUAA